AUGCUUGGCUGGAGACACUGUAAGAAAUGGCGGCUGGUGGAUGUCAGUGGCGUUCGUGCUGUCAUUUUCCUUCCGGAUUGUCCGAUUGAGCGCUUGUGUGGACCGGCUUUGAAGUUGGUCUGCUCACUUAUUGCAUGGUCAUGCCACACGAACACCCUUCCAGUGGACGAGUUAACCAAAUUGUUUUUACCAUUCACCUCUCUCCACUCCAACUCCGGUGCUCAUAUUCUAUUUUGGAUGCACCCUAUACUUCUGGGUUUGGAAUCCGAUAGACAGAAUGACUAUUGCCUGAGGAUAGCCUGCGAAUUUAUGCGUGAACUUUUGAGGAAUUUGCGUGGAGUGGCACUACCGAAGCACACAGCCCAACUGCUGUCCCAUUUAUCGGCAAAAAUUGUUUGCUGCUUGGCUGUUUGUUCUGGGUCACCCUCAGUGUACUGCGAGCAUAAUCGGUGUACCGGAGGUAGUUCACACCUGACUAUGAAAGAUCCAAGCGCCUUGGCAAUUCCUUCCUGUUACAGUUUGGCCGAACAAAUCGAGUUGAUCGAUCUUAUGCUAGAAGAGCGCAACGUAGAAGGUGCUUCCGAGGCUGUGGUUGACCUGGUGACCCACUUGAGCUACCAUAUGCGUUGGGAUCUGGUCGAUGCUGUUCACGUGCAUUCGCUUCUGACACUGGUUCACUCGAAUCUUCCACACUUCACACCUGCUAUCGUUGGGAAAAUAUUUUUCAACAUCACAAGUCAGCUUUCCAAAGCUGACUUAACUGCGUGGCUCGGGGUUCAUAACAGUGUGAUGCCUGUGUUAUCGGCGGUUGCUCGUCAGGGUCCUUCCUCUGCACUCACGCAUGUUGGGAUAGACGAAUAUCGGAUUAUGCAGUAUGGAGCGUUUGCACUGUGUUUAGCCAAGCACUAUACUCGCAUUUUGGCUGUACAACCGAAUCCAGCCAUUCUUUGCGAGCUGACUGAACGCAGGACAUCGAAUGAAGGUUGCCCAUCGACAGUGUCGUCCAACUCGCUUGUGGAGGCGUUGGUGAACGUGUUGGCGGCAUUGUGUCGCCUAGGAUUGGUGCACCAGUACACACAUGCUUUGUAUGGAGCGGUAUAUUUUCAUAUUGAAAACGUCCUCGGUGCAGUGCGCAUGAAACCUGUCCAUGUUUUGCGUCUCGCUCGCGAUAGAUUGGCUCAAGUAGUUGCUGACCACGUGGAUCAACCGGUCAAACAGCUGAUCGACUGUCUGUCCCGCUUGUUUCAGUUGAAUAAGGCAGACAUAUUCAAAGAGUUGAUUUCGCCACUCUUUAUUGCCCUUGUUCUUCGUGGGAAUCAAGAGAGUCAUGUACAAAUUCGUCAGCUUGUCGCAGAAGUUCCCUACAUUCGUGCAGGUCAAGAUUAUGUGAACAAGCUGAUCCAGUUGUGCGUUUUGCCGGAUGCACUGGUUCAUAUCUUCACGAAAACUUCAAAAGAUGAACAGGAGGUUCAUUUUGCUUUCCUUGAGUCACAUUUGGGCAUGCCCAUUGAACGCAUUGCUCGGUUGAAUGACGUAUCUCGUCUGAUGCAUCAGUUCGUUCUGCGUCUGUACCCCUAUCGUGUUGGAGCAAGUCUCGGCUUACGUUGGAUUGCCUCCCGUGUGCUCGCUUUGCGGGACUCCCAGAGCACAUCUACCGCACUUGUUCACGUCAAAGGGCCCGCUUCGGCCGAUUUCCUGGGCCACUACGUUUGUGGAAUCUUGGCGUUCUUCGACACUACUUUGUUGGACGAUGAUACUAUGUUGGAACAUCGAUGGAUAGCUCUCCGAAGCUUAGUGGUAUUUAUUCAACUGCUUGGAUCAACUCAUGUGACGAGGAUGCGAGCCAAGUUUAUGGCCACACUGAAAAUCUGUCUGCGCUACAAGACAGCGCCGUUUGCUAAAGUGGUUAUAAAAGCGUGGAGAAGUUUUAUCAGAACCCUUGAGAUUGAGGCGGUGUGCGAAUUGUUGCCAGAUUUGGGUGCAACCCUUGUUGGUCUUCUUCCCUGUGGAUCGGGUCAGGUGAUGGACUUGUUCAAUUAUCUUUUUCUGGAAAAGAGGGAAGAAAUUGGUGACAGGCUAUCCUGCAUGUUUUUCAUUCCAAGAGUCCCAAUGCUCCUCACCUACCAAGAAAUUUUGGAUGACUUGUGUUCAUGGCGUUCCUUCGACUCAUCCGAUUCUACUACUUUACCGGAAUCCUUUCUUCGCAGAGGAUUGUGUGCCUGGCUAUCCGCCCUCACACACUCCAGCAGAUCAGUUCGUCGUUUGGCCUUGACCUCGGAACUUGGUGAUGCGGACGCUGUUGCUGGCCACCCUACUGUUGCCCGUCUUUGGAACAUGUCCAGUCUUGUAAAGGAUCUCUCAUCAGCUCUGCCAGCUGCUGACGGAAAUCAUGAUCGAGACAGCGCUUCCGAACCCGCCAUUCCAAUCAACCGUUUAGACAGUCUCGAAACCCCGGGUCAAGUCAUUCGCAGCAAUUCCUUGCUACUUGGAGAUUUGAUUUCCGCACUACUUGAAGGGCUUACACGUGAUAUAGACGAACGAAUGCGAUUGCUGUAUGCACAGUGGUUGGGCAAUUUGGGAGCCAUUGAUCCCGGAAGGAUAUGCCUCUCUAUGUGUGUUACUUCUUCCAUGACGGGGUCUACUCAAAUGACUCAUGUGAACGACCCAUCUUUUUCGUUCUUUAUGCUGUGUGAAUUGGCGAAAAUUUAUCUCCGUGCGGCUAGUCCAAAGCAACUGGAUUCCACUGCCUUGGCCAUUCAAGAACUUCUGAAACUGUUCCGAAUACCCGAGGGAGGAAAACCCACAGGGGCCGGUUUAUCGUCAGCCGAAGUUGCUGAUACAACCAAUAAGGUGACAGAAGAUGUUGCAGCGAUGCCCUUUGUCUCUGGAACUGAUCUGUGGAAGCUGUUCCCAGAUCAUUUGUGUGACUUAUUCGCCCCGUUGACCACAUCACGGUAUGCCGUUGAAGCGUUUACAGAUUGGUCAACGAUUCGGUCACCACUGAUUACCAGUUGUACCGACGAUCUCAGUUUUGAGUCUUGGAUUCGUCUCUGGGCCGGUUCGUUGUGUGCGAAUAUCCGUUCGCCACAUACAUCGGACCUUUUCCAAUUUUGUGAGCCUGUGGUCAAAACGGAUGCCGGUUUCGCUCGUCUUGCGUUGGAGCAUGCAUCCUUACAGAUUUUGUUGGAGAACAAUCAAGAUGGCAUUGAUCAGAUCCGUUCUGAAAUACUCACCGUUCUCACCGAGGUUGAUUCGGCUAUGGAUUCAGGGACAAGUGAUCCGUCUUCGCUUAAUGACGUCCUACUGACCACGACAAUGUCCGAGAUGCGUUCUUGUGAUCAAGGAUGUCGUGAUGCUACUCACUGGCAGCCGUGGUUCCCUUUGGCCGCUCAAACAGUAUUUGGACUGCUAGAUCAUCUUGGUCGUUGGUAUAGGGAACAAGAGAAGGCAUUACGGCCUCAAAAACAAACCACACUUUCCACCAACAAUAGUUCCAAAUCAACAUCUAAAACAGUCUCUACAGAAGCCGUUAAACGAGUAGGUGAUUUUCUACAAACUAUUCCGCAUCUGUUACAAGCUAAGGCGAGCCUCAAAUGUGGCGGAUUGGCGCGUGCGCUACUUCACUGGGAAUUAGCUUACGACGAAGACGAACUUGCCAACAAGUCAGCGUUCAACACGGGUGCCGCACUCAUGAACUCCUUGUCGGAUCGUUUUAUGCCUGGUCCUGGAUCCAAAGACCUCAAUCAACGGACUUCCCGAAACUCUCUAGUCUUGGGCUCUACGGGGCUGGCUGCUAUUGCAGGUCUGCUGGACACCUACACCUUGUUACGCGACACAGACGGUCUUGCAGGUGUGCUUGCCGUGAGUCAGCUAGCUCCGGUAGCUCAGGCGCUCAGUUGGGCGAAAUCCAACUCUUCAGAUGAAAUGCACAUUCCUUUCACCCAUUCAGAACGCUUCUCUGCUCUGCGGGCAUUAGAGUUGGAGAACGAAGAACAGUUGGAUAUGGCUGCGGCAGCGUAUGAACACAAUCUGGCGAGCUCCGAAUUAGAGUCAUCACAUUUGAGAUCCGAUUCAACAUCGGCAUCUGUAGAUUCAACGGAGCUAAGACGGCUUAUGCUAUACGGAGGUCUCUUUCGGUGUGAACUUUCCGAUCCGGCCAGAUUACAUGGUUUGGUGGAACGUGCUGGGGGUCUUAUUUCUCGAGCAGACGCAAACUGUCCGGGGAUCUCAGUUCAUCACUCAGCUCGAUGGAGGCAACGUCUGAAUGCUUAUCGUGCGGAAGCCGCUUGGCGACUCUGUGACUGGGGUACACUGCAGGAGACCACAAAUUUGGAUCCUCAAGGCUCCUCUUGGUCUGUUGACCUUGGUAGACUGUUUCUGGCAAUCAACAAUAAGGAUUCGACUGAAUUCUCAUGUAUGCUGUCGAAACUUCGCCUGAAUCAGAUGAACGAACUCAGUGCUGCCGCUCUCGAGGGCCCUGGAGGAUAUGCACGUGCAUACGAAACCAUUGCUAGGCUAAGUUCGUUGUCUGAUGUGGAGUUGUUGUCUUCCUUAGGUGAGCGCCUUCGACUCGUACUCAGUGGUGAUUCUGUUCGGAACGGAGCAUCUGCUCUGGCUUAUCGGAAGUCGGAUGGGGACAUCCAGACUCAAGUAGAGUCGGUCCUCACUCUCCUGGAUACGCGCCUCAAAAUUUGUCAACCAACGUUUCACACAUUGGAACCUUGUCUUGCUCUACACCACACAUCGUUGCACUUGCUAUGGAUGGAACUCCGUUCCUUGGCUGUCGCCUCACCAAACGAUCAGCUGAUCGCCACACUGCUCGACCGUGUGCGUCUGGCUCUGGGUCAGAACUGGUUACAGAGAGCCAAACUUACUCGGAAAUCCGGUCAAUUUAUGGCUGCUUACACAUGUGUUUUACGUGCCGAAGCCUUUGGGAUUCCUCAGGCACUUAUUGAACGUGCAAAGCUGUUGUGGCAAACAGACAAAAGAGAAGCUGCCCAGGCUUGUUUGGACAAAGGGAUACCAGAACUCUACGGGACUUUCCCGAGCGAGCCGCAUUCAAGCGUCACUUCCAUAACAAAGAACCCACUAAUCUCAAAAAAGUCACUCCAAGAGGCAAUGCUCUUACGUGCUCGUUAUUGUGAGGAAACAAAUCGUUUUGAUUUCGAGGCCACACAACGCAUGUACGAGGAGGUUUGCACGCUUAACGAAGGUUGUGAGGAGGCACAUUUCCGUUUGGCCCGCUACGUAGAUCAGGCAUGUUCCCUGGCUACGGUGGCCAAGCAACACGACACGUUGCUUAAAGCAGCAUUGACGCACUACGGUUUGGCUUUGAGCUACGGCAGUCAGUUUAUCUAUCAGUCAAUGCCGCGACUGUUAUCUUUGUGGUUGGAUUACGGCAGUGAUUGUGCACGUCAUACUGGUGCGCCAGUUUCCACAAAAUCGAAUGAAUCUCGGGUUCCAACCGAUCAGCGAACGUUUCAAGAAGUGCAAGAGAUUAUGCUUCAGAAUAUACAGAAGAUUCCACCUUAUCAAUACUACACGGCGCUUGGCCAGAUACUCUCUCGUAUUUGCCAUGAGGUACCGACGAUUGUCACAACAUUACUCGACCUGGUUGUCCGGAUUUUCGAGGCGUAUCCAUUGCAGACCAUUUGGUUCCUGAUGCCUCUAAACGACUCUUCGGUUCGUCAGCGCCGCGAUCGCUGUCAGCAGGUCUUCAGUGCGGUCAAAUCAAGACAACCGGCACUCAUCAAAUUCAUCACGGAUUCCAUAACACUGUGUAAUCACCUAAGAACUAUAUGCGGUUUAUUCAUGUCGGCAGAUCGUCGUGAGUUACGCAGUUUCAGUCUUCAUCAGUUUCAACGCCCGUUAGCGCGCCUGAUCGAAAACAGCGACUUUUCACGUAUACUGAUUCCAAUUCAUCGGCAACUUGUGCCUAACCUUUUGCCUGCCCGAGCGAGCUAUGAACAGGUGAAAGAGCAUUGGCCGUUUGGACCCGGACCAGAUCAACUCGUUUUCUUAGCACACUUGGACGAUACCGUGGAAAUUUUGGGCUCACAGACUCGACCAAAGAAAAUGACCUGGAUCGGAUCAGAUGGUAGACGUUACAUUAUUGUUGCCAAGCCCAACGAUGACCUGCGCAAAGACUCCAGGCUUAUGGAAUUGAAUGGUAUGAUCAACAAGUUCUUGGUCAAGAAUCCUGGCACACGGCGUCGUGCCUUGCACAUUCGUACCUACGCUGUUAUUCCACUCAGCGAGAAGGGUGGUCUUAUUGAAUGGGUGAGCAACACGGAACCAUUUCGCGCCAUCAUCACCAGACUGUACACUGAAAGUGGUCGACCCAUCAACUGGGCAGCAAUGAGCCGCCUUUAUGGAACCUUAUUGUUUGUGUCCUUUCUGUUCAUCCUCAGCGUGAAACGUGAUAAAUACCUCAACAAGUGGUUGCCCAUGUUUCCACUGGUAUUCCAUCGUUGGUUCCUGGAUACCUUCCCCAACCCCAGUGCCUGGUAUUCCGCUCGUGAGUCAUAUGCUCGAACGUGUGCCGUGAUGAGUAUGGUUGGCUACGUGCUCGGACUUGGUGAUCGACAUACAGAAAACAUUCUGUUCGAUUCCACGACCGGCAGUGUCGUGCACGUAGAUUUCUCUUGCGUUUUCAACAACGGUCUUACUCUGCCGUGGCCGGAACGGGUUCCAUUUCGUCUCACACGCAACAUGGUCCGUGCACUUGGACCGACGGGCUUCGAAGGUAUCUUUAGGCGAUGCGCCGAGGCUGUGAUGCGUUUACUGCGCCAUGAAAUUGACCCACUGUUAGCUGUCUUUCGACCACUCUAUUUUGAUGCCCUCGUGGAGCAAGGUGGUAACACUCGUGGAUCGGUUACCGGUACGGAAGCUUCUGGAAAAAUCAGGCGAGCGGCCCAAGAUCAUGCUGUCUCAACUGAUUUGGCCGAUCGCGUUGCCCAGGUCGCGGCUGAGAAGCUUACUAACAUGGAAGAUAGAUUACAUGGUAAAAUCACGGAGCAUGACGGUUUCAGCCAGAUACUACCCAUUUCCGUUGAGGGUCAGGUUGACGUUUUGAUCAAAGAGGCAACCGAUGUCGACCGACUCUGUCAAAUGUACAAAGGAUGGAUGCCGUUCUUGUAGCAUGUUUUCAGAGAUUUAUUGUACAGAUUUUUCACGAUUUUACUUACUCUAGAAAUACACUCGUCGGAGA